AUGCCUUGCGAAACGGAUGUCGACAUCCGUACAGGUAAAACCCUAAAACACAAAGGUCAAGCUUGGGUGGUCUUUGAGGAGGUCUCUUCUGCUUCCAAUGCUCUGCGGCAAAUGCAAGGAUUUCCUUUCUAUGAUAAGCCCAUGAGAAUACAGUAUGCAAAGACCAAAUCUGAUGUAAUAGCAAAAGCGGAUGGUACUUUUGUUCCUAGGGAAAAACGUAAGAGGCAUGAUGACAAAGGCAAAAAGCGGAAGGACCAACAUGAUGCUAAUUUAGCUGGAAUGGGACUAAACCCAGCCUAUUCUGGUGCUUAUGGUGCAACACCUACGAUACCUUAUCCAGGUGGUGCAAAAUCCAUGGUACCUGAGGCUCCUGCACCACCAAAUAAUAUUCUCUUUAUUCAGAAUCUUCCCAAUGAGUCAACUCCCAUGAUGCUGCAAAUGCUCUUUCUCCAAUAUCCUGGAUUCAAGGAAGUUAAACGGAUGUCGACAUCC